UUAUUCUGCUUCCAGUCUGCUCAGCUACCAAGGACGAUAACACACACAACUUCUGCCCAUUAAUGAUGGAUAAGAAGCCAGAGGAAUGUUCAGUGUGUUUUAACAAUUAUGAUGACACACUGCUACGGCCUCGCAAUCUGCCAUGUGGCCACUCAUUCUGCACUCAGUGUAUUGACAAUGCUAUCAAGAAUGAUCAGCUGACCUGCCCCAGCUGCCGUGCCCAGCAUGCUGCCACAGCUGCUACUCAGUUCCCAAUCGGUUAUGGUAUGGAGGCCCUUAUCAGAAAACUAAAAGGUAUCGAGGUUGUGCCAGGGAAAACGGUACCAGCAAAACCUAGUAAAGCUCCUGCCAGAGGCAUCAGUAAGAAGUUACGUUCCCUGGUGGAGAAGCAGAAGAGCAGCAUCAACAGCCUCAUUACUAGCUGUGAAAAGGUAUUGUCACAGCUGAGUGAGUACUGGGUUCAGCUGGGGGACUGGAAGACUCACCACCUCCAGCUCCAGGACAGACUCUAUGCUCUGGUAGAGCAGAACAAGUCAGCAAUGAAGCUCUUGGAACUGGAGGAUACCAGUGUGGUGGAUAUGAAAACACAAGGAGAGGAAGGGAAGACUCGGCUGCAAGCCAUAUUGGAGAGUCUCGACACAGUCAACACAGCACAGCAGGGUGACACAACCAUAGCCCCAGCGGAUGAGUGCAGCAUGAAGGUAGAAGAUUGGCUCCAAAAGUGCCAGGAACGCUUUCCAGAUGUCAAGACUGUCCACACCUCAGUGAAGGUACGCUGCUGAAGGUCUUAUUGUUUUCACCCA